AUUGAACAGGUGGACCUAAUAGAGGCCGGUGAGUGUAUAUGGGACUGUUUUACCUGUCAAAUGGUAAGAACCAGGGGCGGACUGACAACUCAUGGGGCCCUUGGGCAAUAGGGGAUCAUGGGGCCCCUGUGUCCUUGCCCAAACUCAAAAAAGCCUAUGAAAAAGGUACCAGGGGCAUCUCAUGGGGCCCCCUACUGACCCCGGGCCCUCUGGCAGUGCCUGAGUUUCCAAAUGGUCAGUCCGCCCCUGCUUGUGUACAACCAGCCUGUUGGGUUUUUCCU